CAUCCAAAAGCUUCCCAUGUUUCCAAAGACGACAACAGCAACAACAACCAAAAUGCCCGUCGCAAUCUCAAGACAGCCAUUCAUCUGUCUUCGCCGUCUACCGAAGACGAAACGCACAUACGCCACCUCGCAAACACCACUCCCACCCGCACCUCCCACCUCGGGCGCAGCAAAGCUCUCCACCCGCCGCCUCAUCUCGCUCCAUGGGCCCGACGCUCCCAAGUUCCUCCAAGGCAUCAUAACCAACAACGUCAAGCCCGACUCUCGCGCCGGCUUCUUCGCCGCCUUCCUCACCGCCCAAGGAAAGGUGCUCCAUGAUGUCUUUAUCUAUCCGACGCUAGGAUCUUCCUUCCACGAGCAAACGAACAAAACCGAGGAUGCAGGAUUCUUGGUAGAAGUGGAUGGCGAUCAAGUCCCCACUUUACUCAAACACUUGAAGCGACAUAAACUGAGAGCGAAAUUGCAAAUGAGGUUGGUGGAACAAGGGGAAUUGGACAUUUGGGCCACAUGGAAGGAAGCGGAAAAAUGGACGCCAUUUUCCGGUGUCGCUGGGGAAGGAUCCAAUGUGGAUGACCGAGGAAACUUGACAUUGGUGGAUUCAAGAGCUAUGGGGAUGGGUCAACGUAUCCUAUUGCCUUCGACUACGAAAUUGGAUACUUUGCCGGCAAUGGAGGGCAUUCAAGAUGCAGGGCUGGAUGCGUAUACGAUUCGCAGAUAUCUACGCGGUGUUCCUGAAGGCCAACAGGAGAUUCCUAGGGAUGAUGUUCUGCCCAUGAACAGCAAUUUCGACAUUAUGGGAGGUAUUGAUUUCAAAAAGGGGUGUUAUGUUGGUCAGGAAUUGACGAUUCGGACGCAUCAUACUGGAGUUGUCAGAAGACGUAUCUUACCGGUUACGCUAUUUGAUGCUGUAGCUGCGCCUCCGGAGAAGAUGCAAUAUGAGGCUUCGACAUCUUUUGCUACGCCUGAGCGCAAUACGGAUAUCAAGAUUGACGGAAAGAGAGGCAAACCUGGCAGAUGGAUUAAUGGGGUUGGCAAUAUUGGGUUGGCGAUGUGUAGGUUGGAGUUGAUGACGGAUUUGCAGGUUACGGGUGAACCUAGCACGUUUAGUCCUGAGGAUAGAUUUGUUGUCAAGACUGGUGCUGAGGAAGAUGCGCAGACAUUGGGUGUCAAGGCUUUCGUUCCUGAUUGGAUGAAGAGCAAGAUUAGAGCUCCGAAGUUGCAGAGGAGGGUCGAGUAGAAUGGAUAUGCUUGACUAUGUACAUGUAGAAGAUUUUGUCAAACAUGUCACCAACUCUCCCCUGUUCCUAACACCUCUUGUCCUUUCAGGAAAUCACGGCUUUGCUUUUCUCCCAUCCAUUGCGGUUGUGUUCGGUCUAUGCCUUCUUCAAUACCCCAUGCUCGACCACCUUCGACAUAGAGAGCUUCUCCGUUAAGUGAGUUUGCAACCAUGACCCCAGCAAUAACUCUAGCAACGUCUAUCGCUUUA